AUGGGCUUUUUCACAGAAGGAGAUGCGCCCAUUGCCUGGCGGGGCCCCAUGGCGACCAAGGCGCUGGACAAGAUGCUGAUCGGGACGGCGUGGGGGCAGCUGGACGUGUUAGUCAUCGACAUGCCGCCAGGCACCGGCGACGCCCAGAUCACCCUGGGGCAGCGCCUGCCGCUGUCUGGGGCCGUUGUCGUCUCGACGCCGCAGGAUGUAGCCCUGCUGGACGCCAGGCGCGGCGCCCAGAUGUUCCGCGCGGUGCGGGUGCCGCUGCUGGGGCUGGUGGACAACAUGGCGGCGUUCUGCUGCCCCAAGUGCGGCCACGAGGAGGCGAUAUUCGGUGCGGGCGGAGUGCAGCGGGCGGCGGAGGACCUGGGACUGGAGGUGCUGGGGCAGGUCCCGCUUGAGGUGGCUGUGAGAGUGCAGUCUGACGAGGGCGUGCCUGUCGUGGUGGCCAACCCAGACGCCCCCAGCUCAAAAGCGUACGUCAGAAUCGCGACGCGCGUGUGGGAGAAGCUGCGCACGUCGGAAUCGGGAGGCGGCCCGGCGGCGGCGAGAGGGGGGCCGACCAUCUCUGUGAGCGAGUAG